UGUGGCUCUCGGUCCUCCUGGCGCGCGCGCGCGCGCGCGCUCCGCCCCGGCCCCAGGCUGGCGCGCACUCACUCGCUCGCCCCUCCGUUCCGGCUGCACUUGCCCCCACCCCACCGGUCUGGGAUGUACCUUUCCAUCUGUUGCUGCUUUCUUCUCUGGGCCCCUGCCCUGACACUUAAAAACCUGAACUAUUCCGUGCCGGAGGAGCAAGGGGCCGGCACGGUCAUUGGCAACAUCGGCAAGGAUGCUCGACUGCAGCCGGGGCUUCCGCCGGCUGAAAGAGGCGGCAGCGGCGGCGGGCGAAGCAAGUCCGGCAGCUACCGGGUGCUGGAGAACUCGGCACCGCACUUGCUGGACGUGGACGCCGACAGCGGGCUCCUGUACACCAAGCAGCGCAUAGACCGCGAGUCCCUGUGCCGCCACAACGCCAAAUGCCAGCUGUCCCUGGAAGUGUUCGCCAACGACAAGGAGAUCUGCAUGAUCAAGGUAGAGAUCCAAGACAUCAACGACAACGCUCCCUCGUUCCCCUCGGAUCAGAUCGAGAUGGAUAUCUCGGAGAACGCCGCCCCCGGCACCCGCUUCCCCCUGACCAGCGCCCACGACCCGGACGCAGGUGAGAACGGGCUCCGCACCUAUCUGCUCACGCGCGAUGACCACGGCCUCUUUGCACUGGACGUCAAGUCCCGCGGCGACGGCACCAAGUUCCCCGAGUUGGUCAUCCAGAAGGCGCUGGACCGCGAGCAACAGAACCACCACACGCUGGUGCUGACCGCCCUGGAUGGGGGCGAGCCGCCGCGCUCCGCCACGGUGCAGAUCAACGUGAAAGUGAUCGACUCCAACGACAACAGUCCGGUCUUCGAGGCUCCUUCCUACCUGGUGGAAUUGCCCGAGAACGCCCCGCUGGGCACGGUGGUCAUCGAUCUGAACGCCACCGACGCCGACGAGGGUCCCAAUGGGGAAGUGCUUUACUCCUUCAGCAGCUACGUGCCCGACCGCGUGCGGGAGCUCUUCUCCAUCGACCCCAAGACGGGCCUGAUCCGCGUGAAGGGGAACCUGGACUAUGAGGAGAACGGGAUGCUGGAGAUUGACGUGCAGGCCAGAGACCUGGGGCCCAACCCUAUCCCGGCCCACUGCAAGGUCACGGUCAAGCUCAUCGACCGCAACGACAACGCGCCGUCCAUCGGUUUCGUCUCCGUGCGCCAGGGGGCGCUGAGCGAGGCCGCCCCGCCUGGCACAGUCAUCGCCCUAGUGCGGGUCACCGACCGGGACUCCGGCAAGAACGGACAGCUGCAGUGCCGGGUGUUGGGUGGAGGAGGAACCGGCGGCGGCGGCGGCGGCCUGGGCGGGCCGGGGGGUUCUGUCCCCUUCAAGCUCGAAGAGAACUAUGACAACUUCUACACGGUGGUGACCGACCGUCCCCUCGACCGGGAGACGCAGGACGAGUACAACGUGACGAUCAUCGCGCGGGACGGGGGCUCGCCUCCCCUCAACUCCACCAAGUCCUUCGCAGUCAAGAUUCUGGAUGAGAACGACAACCCUCCCCGUUUCACCAAAGGGCUGUAUGUGCUGCAGGUGCACGAGAACAACAUUCCCGGAGAGUACCUGGGCUCUGUGCUCGCCCAGGAUCCCGACCUGGGUCAAAAUGGCACCGUGUCCUAUUCCAUCCUGCCCUCGCACAUCGGCGACGUGUCCAUCUACACUUACGUGUCCGUCAACCCCACCAACGGGGCCAUCUACGCCCUGCGCUCCUUUAACUACGAACAGACGAAAGCCUUUGAGUUCAAGGUGCUGGCGAAGGACUCCGGGGCGCCCGCGCACCUGGAGAGCAACGCCACGGUGAGGGUGACCGUGUUAGACGUGAAUGACAACGCUCCGGUGAUCGUACUGCCCACGCUGCAGAACGACACCGCCGAGCUGCAGGUCCCGCGCAACGCCGGCCUGGGUUACCUGGUGAGCACCGUGCGCGCCCUGGACAGCGACUUUGGAGAGAGCGGGCGCCUCACCUAUGAAAUUGUGGAUGGCAACGAUGACCACCUGUUUGAGAUCGAUCCGUCCAGCGGGGAGAUCCGUACGCUGCACCCCUUCUGGGAGGACGUGACCCCCGUCGUGGAACUCGUGGUGAAGGUGACAGACCACGGCAAGCCCACGCUGUCCGCGGUGGCCAAGCUCAUCAUUCGCUCUGUGAGUGGCUCCCUGCCAGAGGGGGUACCCCGCGUGAACGGGGAGCAGCACCACUGGGACGUGUCGCUGCCGCUCAUCGUGACUCUGAGCACCAUCUCCAUCAUCCUCCUAGCGGCCAUGAUCACCAUCGCUGUCAAGUGCAAGCGGGAGAACAAGGAGAUCCGCACUUACAACUGCCGCAUCGCUGAGUACAGCCACCCGCAGCUGGGCGGGGGCAAGGGCAAGAAGAAGAAGAUCAACAAAAACGAUAUCAUGCUGGUGCAGAGCGAGGUGGAGGAGAGGAACGCCAUGAACGUCAUGAACGUGGUGAGCAGCCCCUCCCUGGCCACCUCCCCCAUGUACUUUGACUACCAAACCCGCCUGCCCCUCAGCUCGCCCAGGUCAGAGGUGAUGUAUCUUAAACCAGCCUCCAACAACCUGACUGUCCCGCAGGGACACGCAGGCUGCCACACCAGCUUCACCGGACAAGGGACUAAUUCGAGCGAGACCCCUGCCACUCGGAUGUCCAUAAUUCAGACAGACAAUUUUCCCGCAGAGCCCAAUUACAUGGGCAGCAGGCAGCAGUUUGUUCAAAGUAGCUCCACGUUUAAGGACCCAGAGAGAGCCAGCCUGAGAGACAGUGGGCACGGGGACAGUGAUCAGGCUGACAGUGACCAAGACACUAACAAAGGCUCCUGCUGUGACAUGUCUGUUAGGGAGGCACUCAAGAUGAAAACUACUUCAACUAAAAACCAACCACUUGAACAAGAGCCGGAAGAGUGCGUUAAUUGCACAGAUGAAUGCCGAGUGCUUGGUCAUUCUGAUAGGUGUUGGAUGCCCCAGUUCCCUGCAGCCAAUCAGGCUGAAAAUGCAGAUUAUCGCACAAAUCUCUUUGUACCCACAGUGGAAGCUAAUGUUGAGACUGAGACUUACGAAACUGUGAAUCCCACUGGGAAAAAGACUUUUUGUACAUUUGGAAAAGACAAGCGAGAGCACACUAUUCUCAUUGCCAAUGUCAAACCUUAUUUAAAAGCCAAACGUGCCCUGAGCCCUCUCCUCCAGGAGGUCCCCUCCGCUUCCAGCAGUCCAACCAAGGCAUGCAUUGAGCCUUGCACCGCAACCAAAGGCUCCCUGGAUGGUUGUGAAGCAAAACCCGGAGCCCUGGCCGAAGCAAGCAGUCAGUACUUGCCCAAUGACAGUCAAUACCUGUCCCCUAGUAAGCAACCGAGAGACCCUCCCUUCAUGGCUUCCGACCAGAUGGCAAGAGUCUUCGCAGAUGUGCAUUCCAGAACCAGCCGGGAUUCUGGAGAGUUGGGUCCUGUCCUGGAGCAACCUGAUCACCCCAACAGGGAUCUGGGCAGAGAGUCUGUGGAUGCAGAGGAAGUUGUGAGAGAAAUUGAUAAGCUUUUGCAGGACUGCCGAGGGAAUGACCCGGUCGCUGUGCGAAAAUGAGGAAAGCAAGCAAGCAAGCAAGCAUUGGCAAUUUCUUGUCUCUUCUGUUGAGCUAAAAAUAAAUAAAUAAAUAAAAGUGAUUGCUCCUGGUGACAACCCCUUUUAUAAGGGAUGGACGAAGACCAAUGCUGCUUCAGGCUUUUAGUGAACAUCUGAGGUGCCCACAAGUACGUUCUUUUCACUGCUGUUUCUUUUUUCAGAAAUAACAAUGGUUUCAUUUUGACAAAACUUAUAUUUAGGACAGAAUGAAUGAUGCUUAAUGAGGAAAGAAAAAGAGAGAGAGAAGAAAAUGAAGAGAAAAGAAAGAGGAGGAUGAGGAGACAUGUAAAACCUUUUGACAAUCUGUUAGGAAGGUUUGCACUGGUGUGAACUGAAGUAUUUCUCAUCACUCUAAGACUGUCCUCUGUGAUUUAUGCUGACAUAUCUGUUUACCUAUUAAUCCCAUAAAAAACAAACAAACAACAGCAGGGUCAUAAUUUGUGCUCUGUGGUGGAUUUCUAGCAACCAUCACAGGCUUCUACUGAAAGUCCGAAAAAGACCUUGCAGUAGUCCAAGCUACACCAAACAUUAAUACAUAGUUGUGGUAAACAUUUCUGUAUAAAGUUACCUGCCACACAUAUAAACACAAAGAGCAUUCCGUAUCAUUAGUCAAAAACAAACAAUACAAAAAAGCAAAAACAAAAACAAAAAAAAAAAACAAAAAACAAUUCCUUCCCUGGUCAUUUGUAAGACACCUCAUGUCGUAUAAAGUUAAAUGUAAAAAGAGAUAUAGUCCAUUUUGUCCAGCACACAUGUAGACUAAUUCACUUCAUUAAAAAGAAGAAAAUUUAGGACAAGGUAAAAUAAAAUAAAGGAGAAAAUUAAAAAUGCCUAGUGAGCAUUUUAGUGUCCAACAAAGAUAAACUAUGAUAGGUUUGUUUUAAAUUUGACUUAGAAAAACAUCCUGAAAAAAUGGUUAGCAUUGAGUGGCAAAUAUUCAGAGAGAAUCAACAUGAUGAUUAUGCUUUAUUCAUUUGUGGACACUAAAAAAGCUCAGGAAAGUGAAAAUGUCUUAGACAUACACAAAUCAUAUGACCAUUUAAAUGUGCAAAUGUAAGAAGAUUCAAUGUGUUUACAUCAAAUGACAUAUUUUUUAUUGAUUUAUUGCAGAUUCCGUGCAUAUGAGCCAAAUUGUUGAGUGUAUAAGAGCUAUAUUGUGUAUUUUAUUAAAUUAAUAUAUAGUUGUGUUGCAAAAAUAUUUGGGCUUAUAUUGUAAAUGGCAAGUGUUGCCUCGGUAGCUGUCGAACUCUAUGAGUUUUGUUUUUCCCUGCUUCCUUGUCCCCAUGGAGUGUGGGAAGCAGUGCCUCAGAGCAAAGUCUCUCGUUUAAUGUAUAGUCUACCAAGUACUACAGUAAAUAAUCUGUUCAGAAUGUGUUUGAGUGAGCUGAUGGAGCUAACUGAAAGGUCAAAAAAUUACAUCUGUCAGUCAUGUUUCUGUGCAAGUCCUUGUAGAAGCUUUUAUUAAAGUCAUGCUAAAUCACAAGAAUUACAUUUGUACCAAUACCUGAAACUUUAUCAUGUCAUAUUUGAUAACAUACAGUUUCUGCCUAUGUAGAUAUCCUUUCAUUAGUUGGUUCUCAAAAGUAUCUUCAGUGGUUCAGAUAUGUGUCUCCAUUCUAUUUCAAAAAAAAAAAAAAAGAAAAAAAGAAAAAAAGAAAGAAAGAAAAACAUGACAAAUGCUUUAAUGCAUGUUUGGUACCAGCACUGGUUAUUUGCAGUGUGUAGUGUAUUUCAAGACAUCUGGGUCUUAACAAAAAUCUGUUUUCUGUAUUACAGUGUCCCUCCACUUCUUUUUAUUGGUGUCCUUUAAGAACAAUACACUUUUUCUUCCAUUGUUUGGUUGUACUUUUUCAUAUGACAUUUACCAAGUUUCAAACGUACUUCCAUUUGAGGCUAAGAAACCUUUAAUUUCAGGAAUUGGGGAAAAUAAAGUCAAAUUAACACUUUCAGAAGUUGUAGCAGAUGGGAAAAUGCCUUGAUUGACAUUUUCCUUCAGCAUUUUUUUUUUUUUGGCAUAUAACAGCUUCAUGGCAAACAGUUUUGAGCCCAUAUCAUAGAAAAUGUGGUGCUGAGUUAAAUAAAGGCUGUUUGUGCACUGGAGCAGAAAAAAAAUGUCUUAUUUGCAAACUGGUGGAGAAUUCUGUGCCUUCUUUCCUGGCCAUCAAGCCAGUGUAGAAACAGUAUAAAUUUCAUAAUGUCCUUAUACUCAAAACAGAAGCAAAACCAAACAUUGAAUUAAAUUAAGUUUUUAUAAUUUGAAACUCAAAAAGUUUUACUGAAAAUAUUUCCAUAAAAUGACAUCAAGAUUUUGGACUGUACCUCGUUCGCAAAAUUGCUUUGGAGGGAAAGAGUGGAUAACUCCUAUCAGCCUUAUUCUCUUGAGAACUGUGUUUGGUUCCUAUUAACAGCCUUUCCAAAGCUCUACUCCUUGUUUUUAUUAAUCAAUGUUUAAAUUAGAAAAGAAGGGAACUUGUACAUGUGAAAAUUAAUUGACUAUAUUUUGGACAAUUUAUGUAUCUGAAAUUUGUUCUCUGUUACAUGAUGUUGUCGGCUUUUUUUUUUUUUUUCAGUUUGCCAGAGACGACAGGUUGCUUUAGAUUGAUAGUUGAAGUAUGAUGGCAAAUUGAUUUCUAUUUAGUUUUACCAAGUGUUGCCUCUCUCUUACUAGACACAUAAUCACUUAGUAAGAUCUAAAGCAGGAUAUAAAUGAAAUCAAUAGAGUAUGGUUUAUUUUUAAAACAUGCUUAGUACAAAGUAACCAGUAGUUUAAUUUGUUAUAUGUGUCUGAAGACUUUGCAACACCAGAAGAUUCUAAUCAGUUGUGCCAAUGUAGGAGGGACUUACCUUCAGGCUCUCUAUCACCAGUGAUUUCCUAGCAUUAGCUGUUUAACACAUUAUCUGUACUUAGUAAUGAUUAUUUAUUUACAAGUUGGUGGUAAUUCAGCAAUUGGGACUCUAAGCUUUUGUAGUUGAGGGAAUCAUGCUUUCAUUCAUUCCCUGGCAACUAUCUUUAUCACAGACCUCUGGUGCUUGGCUUCCAAGAAAGCCUAUGAGAUGCCAAAAUUCCACUUUUGGGGAUCCUUUCCUCUAAUGGGUGAUGCAUAAUCAUUGAGAUCUGAAGAGGUUUCAGCAUAAUUUAGAAUGCUUAAAAAAGUUCUAAUGUACAUUUUUCAAACACUAACCCUCAAGAAAAUCCCAAAUACUCAAAAUGAAAAGUUUGGUACUAGUUUUUGUUUUUGUUUCUGUUUCCCCUCCUUAGGUCCUUGCAUAACUGAAGUUAAGCACAGAAAAUAAAUUUGUUUAUGAGCAUCUUAGUAAUAAGAAAAUGAAAGUUCUAAAACUGUCUUACUGAUGAACUACAAUUUUUUAAAACAUCAAUAAUAAAAUAAUCUUUUAAUGAGAUAUUCAGAUGAAUAAAUUUUUUAUUACUAAAAUAGUAAGAAUCAGUGUUAGUUAUACUAUACCAAAGUAAACAUUAAAGAGACAUAUCAUAUGUAAUUUCAAGGAAUAUUUUCAUGUUGUUUCUAAACCUUACACACUUACCCUUACUGCAGGCAACAUUCAAAAAGUGACUCCCUACUCUAUAAAUUAAUUGAAACUCUAGUUGGGAAAUUGACUUCCUCCUCUUCCCCCCCCCCCUUGCAAAUUAUCUGAGAUCUUGUAAAUCAUGACUUCACUUUAAAGGAUCUAGACCCUCCUCAAUUUAAAAAAAAUGGCACCAUCAAAAAAAGUCAUCUAGGAAUAAUGCAGUAUGUUUUAUUAGAACCAGGUAAAAGCUGUUUGUUGUUUAAUGGAAUAGAAGUUGCUGAGGUCAACAAAUACACUGAGGUCUGGCAUAAUAUAUGCCCACUCAUAAUUGUCUAAUUACAUUCUUUUGACAACAGACAGCACUUAUCAGAGCAUUAAUUCAAAUGAGAAUUUUGGCUAUCAAGAUUUGUAGAUUCGAAGCAUAAUUGAAUGAGAACUGAUUAAAGUCUGACUUCCCUGGUCCCAGUGUUUUACAGGUUAGCUAUUCCCAUUUACCAAUCUCAUCACUCCAUAACGUUCUUAGUUCCACCAAGUGAUUGGUGAACAAGGACCAUAACAACAAAAGCAGCAUACAUUGUAUGGAUUUAUCUCAACGCUCUUGUUUAAUGGCUGUGUUUAAUGUGACCUAUCUGGAAAUUGAGGACUCCGAAUAAAAAGUUAUUACUAAUA